CAAAAAUAUUUAAAAUUGUCAAGGGUUAUGAUCUGAUGGAUUGAUUAUACGAGAGCGGGGAGACGGGUCAAUGCUCGUGUUAUUGCAAGGGCAAGUUUCUGCGUCAAAGAUAAACGUUCAUUCCUGACACAUGAUUGACUUGGAAUCAACAUGGAAACGAUUCAGAUAAGGAUAAAGAAAGAGAAAAAGGCUUGUUCUGUUUCUCUAUGGAGUAAGUAAACCGAUCGCGAUCGCUCGCUCGCUAUCAUGCGGGAAUCUCCAAGAACAUGGCCGAACGGUUUCGCGCAUGUUAUUUCAUGUUUCUUUCCAACCUUAUCCCACUUACAACCUUGUCAAGUCCAUUAUAAUCCAUGCUCCCUCUCUCCCUUCCGCGGGCCGGCUCCAAAAUGACUGAAACCAUGAGCCCCACGGAGCAGGGAUAUUGAGAUUUUGGUUAUGGUCUGUGGACUGUGGAGCAGCCAGAGAUAUUGCGAGAUAUUCACUGGUUUUGAUGCCGAUCAAACAUCUCAGGCCUCUAGAGGUCUUACAAUUCUCACCCACAACCAUCAUCUUGGUCUCUACUUUGUCCGGCGACGGGAUCGUCUUGGUUACAAAAAGGGGCCGGAAAUGGCCCGUUACGGUAGGUCGACGUUUCCUAAACUGGGCGAUGCCACGUCCAACGGCGCGGCGCCGAACUCAGGCACUAGUUCAUGUGAGUUGAGUUCUAUGUUGGGGAUAGUGAGAGACAGUAGAGUACGGUAAAGUAGUGCUUAGAAGCGGGAAGAGAGUCGAGCCGUAAUACACAGCGGGAUGCACGGCAACUUUGUUUGUCCCCAAUUGCUUCAUUCUGUCGUCUUCGAUUGAGGAGAAUGGGAUGUUUUUCACACAAUAAGGAAUGGUUCCAUAGCCAAGAAGAGCCGCUAGACUCACGAUAUCAAUCGCGCGUUUGGAGGGUGGGAACAGUGGAGUCAAAACAAGAUGAUGCGCAUGGGGGUUAACCAAAAAUAUGCACCAAUAUCCAGGCCUAUUGGGGCAGUUAUAAUUCUGUCAAGUUAUCUUGACUGAGAUCUUGGGUUGGAGCGCGAAUUACCGUUCAACAGCUACAGCAAACGCCGAGAUCUUUAGAGGAGUUGUGUUUCAAUAAUCUCGUUCUAGCGUUGUACGUUGUAAGAUUUGAAGAGCCAUCUGCGCGUCAUAACAGGAGGAGAUGGAGCGGAGAAAGAAAGAGUUUGUGACUCUGAUGCUUUUUCUUUUGACGUACCGAAGGAAUCACACAAAGGGAACCAGAGAGAAGAGUGCCAAGGGCUGAGGUCAAUCCGGAUAAAGGGUUGCCGAGAAGAGAGUGAAGUGGUUGUCACUCUCCAAUUUCAAUUUCUCAAGCCCAUAAAGGUAGCGGCAAGCCAAAGCCAAAAGGUUGAAGCCAGCUGAUUAUAUGUUAGUAUACUAGACUAUGUGAGGAGAAAAGGAAUUGUUUAAUAUUUAAAGAAUAUAAGAGCAUUCAGUGAAAGAUACAGGUAGACAGAAUGACGGUUUGCAAGGAUCACCUUUCCCAUACCACAUCACCAUACAAUUCACAUUUCAGACCACGAAUUGCGAUUGUCGGACGGGCUCUUGCAACACUCCGCAACAGUCUUAGUACUCGUCUCACUCUUCGCUUCUAUCAAGAUCGCCGCUCACACCCUUGUCCAGGGCCCAUGCAGAUCCCACUCCUUCUUCUUUGAUUGCCCCUGCAACUUCCACACGAUAUGACACGACACGCCCCCUGUCAACCUCCCGUAAUAAAACUCAACCAACCCAAAAAGCACUGUCACUCCCCUAAAACAACAACAGCGCCCACUGGCUCUCAGCGGUGACGACAUCUGCUACAGGCAUCAUAUGAGGCCACGGGCGCCUCGUGUUUUAGUGUCUUGUUGGUUAGGGAUAGGGGAGCUUGCGAAACGAGGGUCCAUCUUUUAUCUUAUUUUAUUUAAUGAAUUUUAUUUAAUUUUUUCUGUCGAACUGUGAUUGAGGAUCAUAUCAGAUUUCAAGAGGAAAAGCCUUGUGUGUAAUCCCAUAAUAUGUGAAAAUCGUUUCGUCACUGUGAUUCUGUGGACAGCUUCAUACUGGACCUGCUGUUGACCAGCAACAACGCGAGGAUUGCUUACCUCAGGUAAUUUCAAGUCGAUCAGUUCUACCUCUUCUGGCUCAAUUAAUUUCUUCAAGUUCCUUUCCUGUAAUAUCAUCUUAUCUCUCUUCUUCUCUUUCUACGCACAAUUGACUUGUCCUUCAUUCCUUUCAAUUCGUUCCUUAAUAUUCUUUCAUUCUAAGCUCAAUCCUUUUGCUACCACCUCAUUUUACACGCACCCGCUCAUUCACUCAACCUAAAAAAGAAAACAGACAAAAAAAAAACGGCCGUUUUACGCCGAGAUAAUAGCACUACUGCACCACCACCAUCACACCUCUUUUCAUCAAUCACGCUCAAAGGGAACUACCUAUUAGGCCAUCGGAUCGGUCUCUUCCCGCUUCAUCUUGACUCCCCUCUCCUUGGUUCUUUUCAGAGCGUGGAGCCUCCUUUGUCCGCCCAGCCUUGGCUCUGCAGCUGAGUAUUGGAACCUUUCCAUUUUUGGUCUCACGACCCCUGCGAUACUUUGGACGGUACGUACUGCACUACUUGGACUUUGUUGCCAGGUCGUAUCGUGACCUCCAGUGCAACUCUAUUCAAGAGUAUCUUUUUUUCUACCAGGGCGUUCCGUUCUUCAGAGGGAGAGGAGUCGUUGACAAACUAUCGACUGAGGACCACUCCAAGGAACACAUCGAUCCUUCUACAGGAAUCGACAAUCCAAUUUAUCGAUUUUGCCUAGGUUAUUCUCAUCCGUCGCUAUUCCCAGGCCCUCUUCUCUUCUCAAGUUGGGCCAAAUUUGGUUAGAAAGUUCAUCGCUCGUCUUCGUUCUUCCUUCCUUGUUUCCCAUCCCGGUCGCUGCUGCCGCCGCCCCUCCACUAGGGCCCGGGACUACCGUGCUAGGUACAGAUACCUACCUAGCUCUUACCUGAUUUGACCACUCUAGUCGCUACUUCCCUCACACCUUUUCCCUUCCCAAAUCUCCCCUUCUCGACCUUGAUCUCUUGUCACGUAUUCCAACGUCCAGCUCUCUACCUCUACCUAUUAUUUCUCAAUCACACCCAACCUCCCCUCCUAAUCAUCUCCACGAUAUCUAUUUCGUUGGCUGGGAAUUGUUCUCCUUUCUUUUUUUUACCCUUGUGGUAAUUUUUGGAUCUGGGUUUCUUUCGUCUUGGGAUAAUUGGCAUUGUUCAAGUUUUGGGAUCGCAUUAUAUCGUAUCGACCGUUCGCUUGUGUUGGCAGCUGGAAUCUACGAGGAUUGCCAGAAUCAUUCAUCGACAACCAUUUGAGCCUCAGGAAGCUCUCGACUCAUCACUGUCACCCACCGAUUAUCAAUAGUCACCUAUCGAUAAAACUUUCAUCUCGAACCAAACACGAUACCCGAUCAUCGCGAAUCUACAUCCCAUCUUCGAAAAGCCACCGAUCUCCCAGUGAUUCGCAUACAGCCUGCUUGGUCACUUCAUUGUGCUACCUUGCUCAACUCGGAUCACGAUUGACGAUACCGGCUGUCUUGCUCCGGCGUCGGGACAUCCACCCACGCGAAAUCACACCUGCCGGUAGUACUACACCUCUCGACGUCAGCAGUGGUAUGGCUUCGACCAUCUGAGAGUCUUCCGACACCGUGUUAUGUUCUGAAAAGCCUGCUUCAUCUCUGCACCCGACCUCACAUGCCCUCUUGCUCAGUCUUUGGUAAAGUUUUCUCGACCAAGUCAUAAUCAUCAUGUCUCCUCUUUCCAGACAUGCCCAACAAGCCGGCUUGCUCGUCUUAAUAGCAUCAUCAUGGGCGCCUCUAGCUGCCGCUCUGGACAUCGAAUAUUGUGCUAGCUACAAUACUGGCGAGACCCCCAGGAAUACGAGCAUUUAUCAGACAAAUGGUCUUUGCCAUGAUUUCUGUAUCGAUGACUGGGCAUUCGCUAUCACCCAAGACAAGCUAUGCUGGUGUUCGAAUUACGCACCUGUCAAGUCAACCCAAGAGGACAACUCCAAGUGCGAUACUCCUUGUCCAGCAUGGCCUGAUGAAGUCUGCGGUGGUAACGGAGUAUACGGAUAUGUGUCUCUAGGCAAAGUUGAGCCUUCCGGCUCAAGGGGCCCUUCCCCCUCAUCAACCAAAGCAAAACCAACCACCGUGGCCGUAUCCAGAGUGACUGAGACAAUACAGAAUACGGUGACUCUGAAGCCAUCAUCCACAUCCAUAUCGACCUCCACGUCCACGUCCAGCUCGGAGCCAGAAACAACCUCAACUACCGAAGAUGAAACCUCAGCUACGAGCACAGCCGAGGACGAGUCAACUACAUCUAGUUCGCGCACUUCGGUUGUUCAGACUGUCACUGCUGGCGGUACUAUCAGGACCGUCACUGUGGCAGCGCCGACGGAGACUGGUGGAACAACCGCAAGCGAAAACACCAAUGGCUCAACUACCGAGAAGAGUGGACUUGGCACUGGCCAGGUUGUCGGCAUCGUGGUAGGCGUGAUUGCAGCCGUCAUAGGUGCUGCUGCCCUCGCCCUAUUCCUGUGGUUCCGCCGAAAGAAGCAACAGAACGAACAAGAAGCCUAUCAGGACGACCCCAGUGUUCGAGAUAGCUCCUCGGGCAUUGCACGACCUGAUAUGAGCAUGGCUGGAUCACCUAUUGCAUCAGCCGCGGCAGGAAGCCGUAACAGCACCUUGCAAGUCGAUCCUCGAAUGGACCCAUUCAAGCAAGGAUUGUACGUUCGAAGCGCAAGUCAUGAGAGUAUCAACACAUUGCGAGAUGACCACGACUAUUCGAGGAGGAUUCAGGCACCCAAGGUGCUCCGUGCAACAAAUCCCGAUCCAACGCCCGAACCUUGACCGACAGGACAUUCGGCAACUCCGGAAAUUCCGCUGGGCUCCAAAUGCCAUCUUUUAUAAGAUGAGACUACGAUAAGAGGCACUUGUCUAUCUGGCCAAGAGCACGGCAUCGUGCUGCAUUGAGGGUACUUCCUCAACAUAAAUCUCUGGAGUCAAGCGGAAUUUUCUGGGAUGGAUAAUGAAAGAUGUUCCAGACGAGCAGAUAGAAUGGUCACAAUGACCCAUGAAGCACACGAAUCUCACUUUCUCCCGGCUCACUUUUAAAACCCAAAGGGCUUUUGUUGCAUUUCGAGAUACCAGGAAGGCGUUGGCAUUUUACAAGGGGGAUUACAUACACAACGGAACAUGGGACGAACGCCCCCAGCAACUGGCGGGAUCAUGGUAUGGUACAUAUGCAAGCGAGCCAAGUGACUGCUGCUUCGUACAGCAGUAUUGGAAAGGUCAUGCAUGACGGCAGAAACCAACGCUUAAUUUUCGAUUCUGAUUUUAUACUUGAUGGCAUUACGGCAACGGCGACCUCGACCAAGCAAUUAUGGCACAAUGGAUGAGGGGCAGCGACCUGUGGGGGGCGUGACAGAGUCGCCGAGUUUGAAUGACUUGCGUGGGCGCUCAGUGUUGGCUUGAAAGUCUGGAUAUAAUAUGCAGGUCGUCGUUGUCAGUUUGGGGUCACUUUUACGUACAUAGAGCCAGCACAAAUGCAUCGGGCGACGCGGUUGAGAUAGCAGCCAAAAGUAUGCUCUUCAUUUCUUGGUCUGGAACUACAGCUUGCACUUUUCAUCUCUGUGACACGAAAAUGACUGCUUUCAUAAGUUUCAUGACGCUCACUACAGAACUGGUGAUCAAUUUAGCUUCACGGUGAAGUUAUCCGCCUCCUUCUCCAUCUCUACAUUUAACUCGUCCCCUUUUGAUUUAUACCUAGUCGUCGCCUCACGCGACCUAUGGUUGGAUUUGAAACGUGAGGCAACAUGAAUCGCGCGUGGUGUCAAGCUGUCCACCGCUUGAAUAGAGCAGAACCGAUGCUCUUGAGGCGUCGAACGCCACAUUUGACGUGGCCCAUGAGUUUGCAACUUAGUCAUGAAGACGCACUAUGGAGAGUCAUCGCGGAAAGUGGGAGUAGCGUUGAAACACACUAGUUUACGGCUGGAGACCAUGAAGUCUAAUAAGUUUGUGGAUGCCCUCGUGGCUUCAAGUGAUGAGCCUAGAAAGUCAACGUUGUGGAACACUUUGCAGACUGGAACAUUACUCAAGGAGGUUAGAGACGGUGAAGGACUAAAUCAAGACUGGGCAUGAAGUGUAAAAGCGAAUUCCUGUCUUUUAAUCGUAUCCCAAUUGUAGGGUAGAAUCUUGAGCACAUAGAUACAUGAUGUAUAUAUACAGAUCCAAGACUCAUGGCAAUCCAAAUCAAAUAUGUCCUGAAGCUUCCAAAAUGCUGAAGCGAAUUCCAAAUCAAGCAAUCCCUAUGUUCCAGUCAUCCUGCACCCAAACACCCUGCAAACCAAAGUAACAAAUCCACGCUCUGUGCAAAACCUUAUGCAUCUUUUCUUCUCCAACUACUGGAACCGUGUGGGACUCGGGCUGUUCUCGCGACUUAGACUCUCGAAACUAUCGACCAUAGCCAAGACGCGUGUUCGAGCUCGUUCUCGUGUGAGGGGAACUGCUUGAGCUUCGAGAAGUACACCCGAGGAACGAUCUGUUUCGUGUGAGAAGCGCGGUUCUAGUGGAGCCAGAUCUGGGUGGAGGAAGCCGCCGAUUGAGUUGUUUGAGUUGCCUCGUGUGUGUCGUCUUGAGUGAGAGGGGUGGCCAGGAGAUGGUAGAGGAGAAGGAGAACGUGAUGACGACGGUGAAGAAUCCCGGGAGCUGCGCUGGAAGAGAGGUUGAGGUGGCUGAAGAUGAGGGGGUUCCGGGUGUUGUAGUUUUUCUGGAGGAAGUUGCUGUUGUUCUUGUGAUGUAGGUUGUGGUUGCUCUCUCCUCGUAGACUCCUUGUCCUUCUGUUGUGCUUGUCGAGAUUUCUCUUCUGAGAGACGUUGUUCCUCAGCACGCUUCUCAUCCAUCAGCCGCUGUCUCUCUUCCUCAAGACGCCGCCUCUCAUUCAGCUGUUCUUGAUCAUCCUGAACAAGCGGUUGCUUUUCAUUAAUCUCGUCGUCCCUCUUUGGUUCCACCACUGGUCGAAUGCCAGCAUGUCCAAAUUCACGUUCAUCCCGCUUCUCACGAAUACUGACACCCCCUGAUGUCUGACUCUCGUUAUCUGGAUCAACAAACUCAGCCUUGUGUGGCUUCAUCGGCACCUCGUCUUCUCGAUCGCUUCCCUCCUCGUUGCCAUUAACAACCCUUAAACGUUCUCGAGGGACAGUGAACAUGACCUGCACCAAUCGCUGCUCAACAGCCUUCUCAAUAUCCCAGUCAGACUCAGCUCCAGGCUCGGGUCCGGCUCCACCAGACAUCAUAGCACCAUGCGAAUCGCCUUCAACACCUUCCCAGUCCUGUCGACCUUUCUUCCUUCUAAGAAGCUCGCCGCGUAGACCUACCAGACCGGGCUCGUAAUCACCAGUCACGGGCUCUUGGUCAAACGAACGCCGCACGCCAGACAUAUCUUCGCGGGAUGAUGUUGGGGUACUAGCCCCUGAAAACACUCGCCGAAGAGAGCCCAGCCAUCCCCUACGUGGCUUUGACUUGGACGGCGACGAGGGCUCAUCAUCAUCGUAGCGAGGAGCUCGGUCUCCCAUAAGUAACGAAGGACCCUCUGCUUGAAGAACACCAAAUGACGAGCGGGCUGUGUUGUAACUACUAGACGACGAACUGCCUGGCUUAGGGUGCUCGGCACCGGCGGCUAGGAAUGCUGGAGCGAGAGGGUUGAGUUGACGUGCUUUAGCCUUGAUGCUUUCUGCUGCGCUCCGUGCUGACUCGGACAAGUUAGAUCCGCUUCGUGAUUCAUCAUCUCGCAGAGCAGCUGAACGGGUCGAGUUAUGCCGCGUUGGUGAAGAACGACCCUGGCUGUGACCCACGCUUCCUUGGUUCUGGCUUCGUCGGCUAUUCAUGCGCGCAAGCAAGCCUUCGGCGCUAUCGAGGUUCUGUACAUUCUGGUGUUGGCUUCGUCGACUAUUCAUGCGUGCAAGUAGUCCUUCCGCAGCAUCAACUUCAGUGACCCAAUCUUGAACCUCAGGAUCAUGUCGCGGGCUCUCAGGGCUAGGUGUUGCUGAGGCUCUGUUACCACCUCCAGGAGUCAGGCAAAUGGGGUGAGGAAUAUUAUUCGGACCCACGCCUGCGACUGGAGUCUGGAAAGGAUCUGAAGGAACCUCUGAUGUAGGUGUCGGGACGUGAUCAUAAAGGCCUCGAUUGUGAUAGGGUUCCUCUUCAUCGUCCUCAUAGAUCGGAUGGAUUGGACCCGGGAAACUUGUAGGCCGUGG